CUGUGGGGCAUCGUCUUCAACAACUCGGUCCCCAUCGAGAACCCGAAGGGAACCACCAGCAAGAUCAUGGUUCUGGUGUGGGCUUUUUUCGCCGUCAUCUUCCUGGCCUCCUACACGGCCAACCUGGCCGCCUUCAUGAUCCAGGAGCAGUACAUCGACACCGUUUCCGGCCUGAGCGACAAAAAGGUGCAGAAAAUUUGGAAAAUGGGUGUAAAAUGCCAACACAUGCUGAACGUCACCUGGGAGCACCACGACUUCUCCUUCAACAGCCACGGGUACCUGGUGAACCCGGCCAUGAUCAUCAUCACGCUGGACAGGGAGAAGCAGUGGGACAAGGGAUUCUGCAUCGACAUCCUGAAGAAGCUGUCGCGCACCAUCAAGUUCUCCUACGACCUUUACCUGGUCACCAACGGGAAGCACGGCAAGCUGGUGCGGGGCAUCUGGAACGGGAUGAUCGGAGAGGUCUUCUACCGGAGGGCGGAUAUGGCCAUCGGGUCGCUGACCAUCAACGAGGAGCGCUCGGAGAUCAUCGACUUCUCGGUGCCCUUCGUGGAGACGGGCAUCAGCGUGAUGGUCGCCCGUAGCAACGGCACCGUCUCCCCCUCCGCCUUCCUGGAGCCCUACAGCCCGGCGGUCUGGGUGAUGAUGUUCGUUAUGUGUCUGACUGUGGUGGCCAUCACCGUGUUCGUGUUCGAAUACUGCAGCCCGGUUGGCUACAACCGCAGCCUGGUCACCGCCAAAGAUCCGGGAGGUCCCACCUUCACCAUCGGGAAGUCGGUGUGGCUCCUGUGGGGCAUCGUCUUCAACAACUCGGUCCCCAUCGAGAACCCGAAGGGAACCACCAGCAAGAUCAUGGUUCUGGUCUGGGCUUUUUUCGCCGUCAUAUUUCUGGCCUCCUACACGGCCAACCUGGCCGCCUUCAUGAUCCAGGAGCAGUACAUCGACACCGUUUCCGGCCUAAGCGACAAAAAGUUCCAGAAACCCCAGGAGCAGUACCCCCCGUUCCGGUUCGGCACCGUCCCCAACGGCAGCACGGAGCGCAACAUCCGCAGCAACUACCCCGAGAUGCACUCCCACAUGGUCAAGUACAACCAGAAGGGGGUGGAGGACGCCCUCAACAGCCUGAAAACCGGGAAACUAGACGCCUUCAUCUACGACGCCGCCGUGCUGAACUACAUGGCCGGCAAAGACGAGGGCUGCAAGCUGGUGACGAUUGGCAGCGGGAAAGUGUUCGCUACCACCGGCUACGGCAUCGCCCUGCAGAAGGACUCGCGCUGGAAGAGGCCCAUCGACCUGGCCCUGCUGCAGUUCCUGGCCGACGGUGACACACAAAAGCUGCAGACUGUCUGGCUCACGGGCAUCUGCCGCAACGAAAAGAAGGAGGUCAUGAGCAGCAAGCUGGACAUCGACAACAUGGCGGGGGUUUUCUACAUGCUGCUGGUGGCCAUGGGCCUCAGCCUGCUGGUGUUCGCGUGGGAGCAUCUGCUCUACUGGAAACUCCGCCAUUCGGUCCGAAAAUCCGAGCGGCUGGACUUCCUCCUGGCCAUCAGCAGGGGCAUCUACAGCUGCUUUAACGGCGUGGAGCAGACGGAGCGCAACGGCAGCCUGCACAGCCCGGACGUGACCACCAACUACUCUCAGGCCAACAUGCUGAAGAUGCUGCGGACGGCCAAGGACAUGGUGUCCUCGGCGCGGGUGGAGAACUCCCUGGACAGCGCCACCAAGACCAUCGAGAACUGGAGCCGGCGGGGGGGGGCGGUGGACGGCGUGCGUCCCGGGGCCGCCCCCCCCACCCCCCGGGUGGCGUCUGUGGACCUGGUCCACCACGGCCGUCUCCCCUACAACAUCUCCAGCAUCACGGACAACCACAACCACUCGCCCUACCCGCCCCCCCGCGCGCUAACGCUAACGCCCACCUUCCCGGUGCACUACGGCAUGGACCCUUGCGGCCAGACGCUUUUGGACAAGUCCCGCGCGGCGGUGGCGGCGCCCCCCCGGCCCACGCCGCUUCGCUACACGCUUCCCGGGCGCGGCGCCCAGCACCUGCUGGGCCGGACGCUGCCCAUCUCGAGCCUCAGCAGCCCGCACAUCGCAAUCCGAGACCCCGCCCCCCCAACCGAAAGAGGAGGGGGAGGUACUAGCCCACACCAGUUGGGCGGUAGUAGGGUAUACGUUGAGAACCCGGCCAUGCACCCGUCCCCCUUCGUCCACUACCGGGAGCUCCAGGUGCCCGACAUCUACAUCGAGCACAAGCCCCCCCUGAGGAGGAAGUUCAGCUACCCCCCCGACUGCGCGGGGGGGCGGGGCCGGAGGGCCUUCGGGUACGUGUUCGACCCCCCGGACCACCCGCGGGUUGCCCGCGACUACGAUGACGAUCCCCCUGCCCGGCCCUGUUUCGCCGAGCUGAGGGCCAACCGGCUCCUGGAGAGCCACGCCCCCCAAGACGGGUCCGCCGCCGGGGCCGCCGGGGCCGUCGCCAUGGCGACGCACUACCCGGGGGGCAGCCCCGGGUGCGACUCCUGCAUGAGGUCGUACCUGGAGCCCGAUACGGACGACGCCCCCCUCCUGGGGAAGGACCGGCUCAACCGGAGGGCGUCUUUCCUCAGGGCCACGUGGGGAAACGACAGGGUCCGGCAGGUGGACGAGACCAAACCAUCGUCCGCGUCCUCGCGGGGGGGCGACCUGUUCCCCAGGGGGGCGGGGCCUAGCCCCACCCCUCACAGCAGGCUGUACGGCAGCCUGGGGCACAACCUGAGCUGCUACCCGGUGGCCGCGGAGCCGGCCUACCUGGACCCGGCCCACAUGGGCUCCUACCCUUACAAGCAGAAGCUCAAGUACUCCGAGUCCACCCGGCUGCCCUCGUACCGGGAGGCAAUCCUCCAAAACGCCGCCGCCCUGCGCCGUUCCUCCUCCACGGUGGUGCACAGACACUACUCCACCUACCUGAACUCGUACACGGACCUGCCCGUCUACGUUGGGCCUCUGGCUCAAGGCCCCGCCCAGUUCUACAACGGUUCCAGGGACGUGUGCCACCUGUUCCCUUGCGGUGGUGGUGGAGGUGGAGGUGGCGGCCAUUGCUCCGAAACCGCCGCCAUGUUGCCCCGGGGGUCGGCGGUGUACCACCAUGCGGGUGGUGGGGGGGGCGUGUUUGGCGGGUACGAUGGAGUGGGAACGAGGGACGAUCCCGGAUCCGCUAGUAGAGAGCGGAGGCAGGUGUUGGUGGCCCGGAGGGUCAACAGUCCAUUUGUGCCAAAGCCCUGGGGAAGGGUGUCCAGCCUGGAGUCGGAGGUCUGA